AUGCAACCUGAACUUCAUGUUGAGCCUAAUAUUUAUAUGAAAGCAUUCCCUCAUUUCGAUCGGCCUAAAGUUAUCGGUUACAUAGGUCUUGAAAACUUAAAGUUUGCACGCCGUAUAUGUAACGAUAGGGUUCACUAUGACUUAAAUUUACAUUUGGAUAAAGCAAUACAUCAACCAGCAGAUUUCGACGUGAAGCUUACAGAGUUGCUUAAAUUCUUAUUAGAAAAUGAACGUAGAUUAAACUAUCCCAUAGAGAAAAGUUUAGAUCGCGCCAAAUUCUUCUGUUAUCGAGGGUUAUUGACUUGUGUUGCUUGUACUCCAUAUGAAAAUAGAGAAUCAUGGAAAAUCGUAGCAAUUUUACACAAAGGGAAUAUUUACCUUUGCGCUAGAGAUACAGAUGAUAAAAUUAAUCGAAAACUUAAUAUGACUGACCGAGAUAAGCAGUUUACUUCAUGGGGGUACAAGUUUGAACAAUACCUUUUAUCAGAUGAACCAUAUUCUGAGCCAAAUCCUGAUGUACCAGUUGAUGAAACUGAGGAGUUUUCUUUGGUAUUUACUACAAAUUUGAAUAGUCACACUAUAGUGUAUGGGGCUGAAAUGGAUGGCUUGAGAUGUGACCAAGGGCCUGUUUCUAAACCUCCUACAGAGCAAGGUCCAGAUGAAAUAGUAAAUUAUUUUAAUACCAAACAAUUUAUAGAGCUAAAAACUAACAGACAUAUAGAUCAUCCAAGACAGGAAACAAGUUUUAGGCGUUUCAAAUCAAAGAAAUGGUGGUGUCAAUCAUUUCUUGUUGGUAUAGAUACAAUAGUAUGUGGAUACAGAAAUGAUGAUGGAAUUGUUGAAGAAUUGAGAAUAUGUGAUGUUAAGGACUUAGCCAAGAAAGCACAGCGAUUUUGGAAUCCAAAUGUCUGUUUCAAUUUUUUGGAUACAUUUUUGGUAUAUGUGAAGAGAUGUCUAGCAAGAAAAGUAAAAUACAAAUAUGGUGAAAAGGCAUUAAAUAAUUUACAAACAUUACCGUUAGUAAGCAUAUUGUUUGAAUGGCAACCUGGUAAGCCUGUUCAAGUAUCAGAAGGUUAUUCACAUGAAGAUGAUCCCAUACUUAUGCCAUGGUUCUUAGAAAAUUAUGAUGCUAGCUUUAAUAAGAGGCUUAACGUGCGCCGGUUUGGCGUCGCUUUAGCCGAGCAAGAAGACCAAAAGCAUUGUAACGGAGAUUUGACAGAGGGUCAUAGAGACGACUGGUGA